GGGGCGGGGCUAAGAAAGCGCGCGUUCUGGGAGGGGGAGGGGCCGAGUUUAGGAGCGCCGCGUCACGUCCGGAAGACUUAGAGUCCGUGCGGAGGCGGUGCGGAGUGCUUCGGCUCUGGGCGGCUCGGAAACCAGUGCGCUCGGCGAGGCUGCGGCGGAGCCUCCGUAAAGAAGGUGCGGGAGGUUGGCAGCUUCGCUGGAAGCACGUCGAGCGGCGAUAGCAGCUAGGAGUCAUGAGCGACAGCGGCGAGCAGAACUACGGCGAGCGGGAAUCCCGUUCUGCUUCCAGAAGUGGAAGUGCUCAUGGAUCUGGGAAAUCUGCAAGGCAUACCCCUGCAAGGUCUCGCUCCAAGGAAGAUUCCAGGCGUUCCAGAUCAAAGUCCAGGUCCAGAUCUGAAUCUAGGUCUAGAUCCAGAAGAAGUUCUCGGAGGCAUUACACAAGGUCACGCUCUCGGUCCCGCUCCCAUAGAAGAUCCCGUAGCAGGUCUUACAGUCGAGACUAUCGAAGACGGCAUAGCCACAGUCAUUCUCCCAUGUCUACUCGAAGGCGUCAUGUUGGGAAUCGGGCAAAUCCUGAUCCCAACUGUUGUCUUGGAGUAUUUGGAUUGAGCUUGUACACUACAGAGAGAGAUCUAAGGGAAGUGUUCUCUAAAUAUGGCCCCAUUGCUGAUGUGUCUAUUGUAUAUGACCAACAGUCUAGACGUUCAAGAGGAUUUGCCUUUGUAUAUUUUGAAAAUGUAGAUGAUGCCAAGGAAGCAAAGGAGCGUGCCAAUGGAAUGGAGCUUGAUGGACGUAGAAUCAGAGUUGAUUUCUCUAUAACAAAAAGACCACAUACACCAACACCAGGAAUUUACAUGGGGAGACCUACCUAUGGCAGCUCACGACGUCGUGAUUACUAUGACAGAGGCUAUGACCGAGGUUACGAUGAUCGGGAUUACUAUAGCAGAUCAUACAGAGGAGGAGGUGGAGGAGGAGGAGGAUGGAGAGCUGCUCAAGACAGGGAUCAGAUUUACCGAAGACGGUCACCUUCUCCUUACUAUAGUCGUGGAGGAUACAGAUCACGUUCCAGAUCUCGAUCAUACUCGCCUCGUCGCUAUUAAAGCAUGAAGUUGAAGACAUUCUGAAACAUGCCCUACAGUUGGGAUAUUGUUUGUGGACAAUAUUUUUUAUUGUCUCCUGUUUAAAAAGUGAACAGUGCCUAGUGAAGUUAGGUGACUUUUACACCUUUUAUGAUGACUACUUUUGGUGGAGUUGAAAUGCUGUUUUCAUUCUGCAUUUGUGUAGUUCGGUGCUUUGUUCAAAGUUAAGUGUUUUCAGAAAAGUAUGUUUUGCAUGUAUUUUUUUACAGUCUAAAUUUUGACUGCUGAGAAGUUUCUAUUGUACAAAACUUCAUUUAAAAGGUUUUUCUACUGAAUCCAGGGUAUUCUGAAGAUCGGCGUCUGUGUGUAAAAUGCUACCAAAUGGCAAAAAGCAACAAUAAAGUUUGAUUUUUACUUUUCUUUCUAACAUAUCAAUGCUUAGCAGAACUGUUAAGAUUAGGUUGUCAGUAGUAAAUUUCAGGACAAAAAAAAUUGCCCGUUUUCCUCCAGUCCAUGAUACAUACCAUACUUAAUAUUCCUGCAACUAAGUGUUAAAAAUUACGCUCUGUAACUCUGUACUGCUAGUAUUAGAACUAAAGAUCUUUCAAUACAGCAAAUGCUUAAUGCUUAUAUAAAUGUGGAAUUGUCAGCCUUUAUGUAAUCUGUAUUAUAUAUAGCAGGGAAUAAGAAGAGUUACACAGUGUAUGCCUUUAAAAGGCUAUUUCUUAAAGCUGUUACAAGGGGAUAAUGGUAUUUCAACCUAGUUAUCAGCAAGUGACAAUACAUUCCACCACAAUGUACUCUUGUUGUUCUAGCUCUUAGAUUAUAUGAAAAAACUUGGGUGCUCAGAGUUUGGGGAAAGAGAAGGGAACACUACACCUGUGUUGUGGAUGAUCUGAAGACUUUGCCUGUUCAUUUUUUAAAUAUUAUUUUCAGGUCCUUUGCUUACCAAAGGAGGCCCAAUUUACUCAAAUGUUUUGAGAACUGUGUUUAAAUAAACGCAAAUGAAA